UUAGAAUAUAAGGGCUUAACCGAUUGGAGGCAUUGAAUUAAUUAAUUAAUUAAUACAAGCACAUUUGAUCCAAUCCUGAUUUAAGGAUUUAAACUUGAUUUUGUAACGAUUAAAUGACGUCAAAUUCAAGUGUAAAGAUUGUAGUAUUAGGUGGAGGAGUAAUUGGUCUUACUAAUGCUCUCUUGCUUAAAAAAUCAAAUCCUAAAUAUGAUGUUACUAUAGUUGGAGCUCAUUUACCAGGAGAUAUCAAUAUUGAUUAUACUUCACCAUUUGCAGGAGCCAAUUGGCAUUCAUUUGCUGAAUCUGAUGACUUAAGAUUACAAAACUUUGACAAGCCAGGUUAUUAUAAAUUCCUUGACCUUGCUGAAACUGAACCUAAAUCCGGGGUAUGGAUUAAAGAUAAUAUAUCUUACGUUACCGAAGAAGAAUUUAGGUCCAAAAACUCUGAUCCUAAUCAAUUUAUACCUUGGUUCAAGGAUUUUGUUCAAGAUUUUCAGAUAUUAAAUAAAAGUGAUUUACCAUCAGGAAUUGCUUUUGGUUGUAAAUUUAAGGGUGUUAUUAUAACAGUUCCUAUAUACUUGAAUUAUUUACUUCAAGAAAAUCUUGCCAUUGGUAAUAUUGUUAAAAGAAUUCCUAAGAUCAAACACAUCAAUGAAGCUAGGGGAUAUCAUUCAUCAGGUCAAAAAGCUGAUAUUGUUAUUAACUGUACAGGUUUAUUAGCUAAUACAAUCUCCGGUUAUAGGGAACCUAAAAGAAAUUUUCCAGUUCGUGGUCAAGUAUUGCACGUUAGAAAUAGUGCUAAAAAUGAAGUCAGCGUUGAAGGAUUUACUGAUCUAGAUAAUGAAAUGCUUUAUCUCAUGCCAAGAAAGGAAGGAGGUUCUAUUAUUGGUGGUUGUUUCCUUGAAAACUUUGAUAAUGUAGAAGUUGAUGAAGCUAUGACCAAACGUAUUAUAGAACGUGCAAUUAAGUAUGUUCCAGAAAUAGUUGAUCCAAAUUAUAAAAAUAAUCCUACAACAAUAGAUAUUAUUAGAAUUAAUGUUGGUUUACGUCCAUUUAGGGAAGGAGGUGCAAGAGUAGCAAAUGAUGAAGAUAAUUCUUGGCUUAUUCAUAAUUAUGGUGCUGGAGGUGGAGGUUAUCAAGGUAGUUAUGGUAUGUGUCAAGAAGUUGUAAACCUUGUCAAAGAAAAAGUUUCUAAUAUACCAGUCAGUAAAUUAUAGAUUUAAUUUUAAU